GGCUGGGUGGAUGAAGUGGCGGCCAUGACGGACGAGGAACGCGCCAAGUUCCAGCGCAAGGUUCGGCCCGUCCGCCUGUGCUUGACCAAAAUCCGCAAGUUUGCUUCGAAGGUCGUGCAUUCCACCACGAUCCUUCUGCCCGCCUAUAAGAAGCGUGUGGCCGAGUUGAAGCUCCCCGACCGGGUGAUCCCGUGCGACGUGUCCACCCGGUGGAAUUCGACAUAUGAUAUGUUGACGGUCGCAUUGGAGUACAGAAAGGUAGUCGAUUCGAUGUGCGCGGAUAGAGAUUUGGGGUUGCGGAAGUAUGAGCUCGGGGCGCGCGAGUGGACCAUCGCUCGCCAGCUCACUGAGGUGCUUAAGCUCACGGACGCGUCGAAGGCGUACCGCAUCGCCAUGGUGCUUCAUCCGAGUUACAAGAAGGCCUACUUUGCAAAGGCCGGCUGGCUCCCAGAGUGGAUCGACGUCGCCGAGGACCUUGUCCGCACCCAGUUCAACAAGAAGUACGCCCACUUG